AUGGAGGUCAAUGUGACGGCACCACUGGCCAUGAAGGGCCCUUGGAGCCUGCUCUCGGCGAUCCCACUGGUCUGCUACGUCGCCCUAGUACUGCUAGGCAUUCUGGGAAACGCGGGCGUGAUCGGCGUGGUGGGCGAGAGCAUUCUGCGCCCGCAAAAGGGGCGUCGCAUCUCUGACAUGAUCCUGGUCAACAUGGCCUUCUCCAACCUGAUGGUGUCCAUGGUGAGGAACCUGCUGCUAAUGCUGACGGAUCUCGGGUUGGAGAUGGUACCUUCUAAGACCUGGUGUCAGAUCCUAAUGGGCAUAUGGGUGUGGCUACGGUGUGCGAACGUUUGGUCGACGUUCUUUGUCAGCGUGUUCCAUUUUCAGACGCUGAGGCGCGUGGCUCCGCCCACUACUAGUCUAAGUGGGUCCCAGGGGCUCCCCAGGUCUCUGCUGAUAGGCUUUGGGGGAAUCUGGACCUUCAGUCUCAUAUAUUCACUCCCUGCCUUUGUGUACUCCACUAAAGGAGCCACGAACGCUACUGAGACCUUAAUGUUAGUGAGCAGCACAACCCGCCCGUUACUGGGCUGUCUGUGGGACUUCCCCUCCACCUCUAGUGGCCUGGUCUUUGCCACCACCUCCAUGGUGAUCCACGAGAUCGUCCCCAUCGUCCUCAUGAGUGGCACCAACCUGAGCUCACUGUUCAUACUGUACACCCACGGGAACAAGCGCCACCUCACGCAUAAGGGUCAGGGCACGCCUGCCAUGCACAGGGUUCCCGCAGAGAGGCGAGCCGCCAAGGUGAUUCUCGCCCUCAUCGUUUUGUUCAUCAGCUCCUGGGGUGCCAGUGUCGUCUCUGUAAACUACUUUAACUACAACCGUGGGCCGUCCUCCACUUACAUGCUGGUCAUUGCUCGCUUUUCCAACAGUGCCUUCAUCGCAGUGUCUCCCGUUAUACUGGCUGUAGGGCAUCGGAGACUCCGCGUUGUCAUCAGAUAUGUCCUCACAUGUAAACAUAGUUAA